UACAGUCUUGUAUAAUCUCUGCUCCAUUUAAAUUUCAAUACAGUGAGUAGAGAAACCACUUGAAGCUCUUUUCAAUUCAUCGUAAGAAUGUCGACUCCAGAACCAAUGGAUUGCGAUUCAUCAAACUACAAACCCUACACACUUUCCCAAACCCUAACCAGCCACAAACAAGCAAUCUCCGCCGUCAAAUUCUCCUCCAACGGCCGUCUCCUCGCCUCCUCCUCCGCCGACAAAACCAUCCGCACCUACGCCUUCACCAACUCCGACUCCGAUUCCAACUCCCUAACCCUAUCCCCAAUGCAACAAUACGAAGGCCACGAACAAGGCGUCUCCGACUUAGCUUUCUCCUCCGACACUCGCUAUCUCGUCUCCGCCUCCGACGAUAAAACCAUCCGGCUAUGGGACGUUCGCACCGGGGCGCUGAUCAAGACGCUUCAAGGUCACACUAACUAUGUUUUCUGUGUUAAUUUCAAUCCCCAGUCGAAUAUCAUUGUUUCGGGGUCGUUUGAUGAGACUGUUAGGGUUUGGGAUGUUAAGACUGGGAAGUGUUUGAAGGUUAUUCCUGCGCAUUCUGAUCCUGUUUCUGCGGUUGAUUUUAAUCGGGAUGGGUCGCUUAUUGUUUCGAGUAGCUAUGAUGGUUUGUGCAGGAUUUGGGAUGCUUCCACUGGUCACUGUAUGAAGACUCUUAUUGAUGAUGAGAAUCCUCCGGUUUCGUAUGUCAAGUUUUCGCCUAAUGCUAAGUUUAUUCUUGUUGGUACCUUGGAUAACAAUCUGAGGCUUUGGAACUAUUCUACUGGGAAGUUUCUGAAAUCUUACACUGCUCAUGUCAAUUCAAAAUUCAGUAUUUCAUCCUCAUUUUCUACAACUAAUGGGAAGUAUGUUGUUAGUGGUUCAGAAGAUAGUUGUAUAUACUUGUGGGAUCUGCAGUCGAGGAAAAUUGUACAAAAGAUGGAAGGUCAUACAGAUACAGUCAUAUCUGUCUCGUGUCAUCCUACGGAGAACAUGAUUGCUUCGGGAGCUCUCGACAAUGAUAAGACUGUCAAGAUAUGGACUCAACCGAAAGACUAGUUCAAUUUGGAUUUGGGCUAAUGUUCUAGUGAAUUGGUGUGAGUUGAGAUAGCAGUAGCUCACUUGUGAUGGAUUUUUACCUCAGUUUGAGAAACUUAAUACUAUUUUUGAGAUCAUUUUGCAGUUGAUCGAUGAAACAUCAAUUUAUGAAUAGAAUGAUGUUUUUAUGAAAAGAAACGUGAAUUUAGAAGUAAAAAGUGCUCGUGUCCUAAAAAGAAACGUGAAUUUAUGAAUAUAAUGAGUUUAUCCUAGGGCAUUAGACAAGGUUUCUGCCUACUGCCCUGAAAGAGGCAGACACCUUUGGUAGAUUUGAUCAUCUCCAAAGGAAAUAUAAGUGGUCUCAAACCAUUUUGAGUUUGAAGCUGUGUUGUAAAUAUGAUGGUGGCAUCUACAUAAAUUUGUGAAAUAGUCUGGAGGGUCCAAAUCCCUUAGUGAAAAGAGAAUAAUCGAUUAUGAACUUUUUAAAUCUAUUAGUAGUGAUCUCUUAGGAGAACUUUUAUUGAAAGAGUAUUCAAAAUACUUGGCAAAGUCUAUAAUGA